CCCUAAUCAAAGUCUUUGCUUUUCUAGAUUUGUUUUCUUUGGGAUAAUGAAAUGGGCAAUCAGAUAAGCUUAUGGAAAAUUACAGUAAUGCUUUGAAACUGUCAACUAUCAUUACCUGCAUGUUUCCUCGUUUCUGGCAUAUCAUCUAACACUGUACAUCAUAUCUGUUCUACUUCAUGCACCACCUCAUUUCGAUUUUCUAACUCCUUGUUGUCCUUUUACAUAAACCUUAAAAUGACAGAAGCUCUAUCACAGAUCUGUUCAAUAUCAUCACAGCUUCAUCAUUCAGAUGAAAUAGCUGAUCAAGAUUAUGACAUUCAAACACAUGAUCUUCUUACACAGCUGAGACAGAUAAUCCCUACCGUUUCAGAUAUCAGAUCUGAUAGUCCUGACUUUCUGGAUAAUCUCAACCCAUCACUUCACUCACUUCCAUACCUGCUCAUAUGGGGCUACCACGUCUGUUCCAUUCGAAGUGAAACUGGUAAUCCUUUUCCAGAAGACGUACGCCCUGGAGGGAAUUUAUGGUCAAAGGCCGUACAUUUCUUAACAGGGUUCGAUCCCGUUCAAGUGAGAUACGCUGGUAGUGAGUGGCGAGAACUUGUUGAACUGGUGGGACAAAGUGCGUUGGCAGCCUCGAAGCCUUUUCUGGCAAUUCAACCGAUUCGAGAAGCUAUAUUUCGUCUGGACUCGUCAUGUUCAGUUUUCACUUCAACUCAUCUCUUACUUGUCAAGCUCUGUUUACAUGCGCGAGCGUAUAAACAUGCUUUGCCUAUCCUCGACAAACCAAUAUGCCAUUUUCCCGCAGGGCCAGAGCAUUCUCAGCUAGAGAAUCAGCAGCCUACCCUGCGAGCAUGCCAUGAAUCUAGCGCACAGAUCCUAAGAAAAUCUUCUGGGCUUUCCGCGAAGAUCACAUACAGGGAGCACUUGGAAUAUUUCCUUAAUGGUGCCAUGAUUUAUAUGGCCCUUAAGCAAUGGAAGAAGGCACUCCAUUUUCUCAGUAUAGUCAUUUCAUCACCUGUCAUCAGCUCGGUCAGCAUGGUCAUGGUGGAGGCGUACAAAAAGUGGAUUUUAGCAAGCUUGUUGGAGAACGGGAGGCUAACCCAGACUCCUGCUGCCAUAUCUUCUCACACAAUCAAGAUCUAUCGAUCUAUAACGAAGCCUUACAUCACACUAGCCGGGGCCUUCGAAAGCGGUGAUUUCUCAAGACUGGAGGCUGAGGUGGAUAUUGCACGGCCCUUUUGGCAUAUGGACGGUAAUACUGGCCUUGUUCUUCAAGUAGUGAAUGCAUUCGAGAAAUUCAGAUACCACAGGUUAGGAGGAACAUUCGCAGCUCUCACGGUAUCAGAUGCAAUGGAGAGGGCACCCAGCUGCUCUGUGCGUUUGACAAACAUCGAACAAUUCAUUGCGACACUCAUCAUGUCCAAGGCUUUGAACGCGACUUUGUCACAUCCAAAUGAUCUCACGAAAUCUACAAUGCUUCGGUUCUCUAGCCUAGGAUCAAGCGCUUCUGUAUCGAAGGAUUCACUUACGCAGUCGCAGUUAGUUGGAGGUGGUUGGUCAUUAGCAAGUCUCAUGACGCAUGUUGAAGAAGGGGACUAUAUUUUGGGAAUGAGCAAAGAAUACAUUGAAACUCUUCAGAAGAAUCAGAAGCAAACCGGCAGUCCCCUGAAGGACAGCAAGGAUGUGGGCAGUUUUUCUGGUGGCUUUGAUAUUGAAGAAGAUAUCAUGGGGGAUCUGUGCUGAAUGAUAAAUCCGCGCAUGAACAGCACCUACUCAUUGUUCGAUGGAUUUUUCUGACACUGAUAUAUAGUCAAAUUUGCACCACUAUGUAUGUGAGAUAGCGGCGGUUGGGGAUACAUGGCGUUGCUGUGAAAAGGUUGUACCCAAGCAUACAUGUCACUUUCUCCAGCUACGCUGAUAGAAUAUCAGCCUUUGGCUUUACUGCUUAUUUACAUACACAAUAUUUCUAAUCUAUAAUCUACAGCAAGCCGCGCCUCCGUGAGGGACAUGUAAUAUGUAUUGAUAUUUCAAAUAGUUAUUCGAGGCUUUCUGGGGUUGUUCAACAGAGUUAAAUAAUCAUAAAGAAUUGCUAGAUACUGC